GAACAACACCUUCAGAAACACUCGUAAGUGGUGUAUGAGCACUUGAGCCUCUGAACGUAGUGGUUGCGCGACAUAUUACAUGGCUGCUCACAUCACCAAAACUGCCCAGUAACAUUCGCUCGUUCCUCAUUCAACAUUGCCGCCGGUCUUACAUAUGGUGUCUUCAGAUCUGCAGCCUAUCCGCCUCAACUGUUUGGUCUUAGGCGAUGACCCUUGGUUUCACAUCUUCUCGAUUAAGAUCGCACGGACGGAGAGUGUCGGUGACCUCAAAAGUUGAUCAAGGAAGAGAAGAGGCCUGAAAUCGACGCUGUCGCCGCUGACCGUCUCAAACUAUGGAAUGUCGACCUACCUGUCGACGACACCCUCGACCGCAAUAUGCGACGUGACAUUGAGCACAAGCUACCGCUAUUACCCCUGGCCGAAUUGUCCGAGGUUUUCUCUAGUCUACCUGAGGAAGGACACCUGCAUAUCGUUGUCCAAACUCCUGAUAUUUUCCCUCCGCCACCGCCUACUAUCCCCAUGUUCAGCCUCAACUGUUUUGUCUUAGGUGAUGACCCCAAGUUUCACAGCUUCCCGAUCAAGAUCGCACGGACGGAGAGUGUCAGUCGCCUCAAAAAGUUGAUCAAGGAAGAGAAGAGGCCUGAAUUCGACGCUGUCGCCGCUGACCGUCUCCAGCUAUGGAAUGCCGCCAACCUCACUGUCGAUGAUACCCUCGAGAGCAAUGUGCGACGUGACAUUGAGCACAAGCUACCGCUAUUACCCCUGGCCGAAUUGUCUGAGGUUUUCUCUAGUCUACCUGAGGAAGGACACCUGCAUGUUGUUGUCCAACGGCCACCUGCCGGGAUCUCUCGUAGUCUUUUGCCACUGUCAUAUUCAGAACGUGUGGUACAGGAAAGCCGUGAGGCAUACGCUAAAAAAUUUCCAUUAGGCCGUCCUUCCAGUCAGGGAGUUCCUUCUGUAUUCAAUAAGACGUUACAGGAAAAUCAUUCGUUCACUAUUGGUUGGGAGCGGCCCCGUCCAGCUGCUUCCACCAUACCUACCACUCUACUCCAUCCAAUCUUUGGCCAGUUCAUUGACGACUGCGAAAGUCACGAGCCGACGAAAGAAGACAAUGACCUGGUCAUGGCAUUGUCAGAAGCCAUGUGCAACUUUUUUGAUGACGACGAGAAACGAGCUUCCAAGUUCCGGGAAAUUCUGCAGGAGCAUCGUAUAGACCUGAUUCCCUCGAAAAUCCAACAUACGAAAUACGAGACCGACGGCGAUAUUCAGUACAGGGGCUUUCGUUAUGCAAUCCUUGAAGCCAAGAAUGAGCUAGGGGCUACGCAGGCUGAACCUCACAUGCAGGCCAUUUCAUGUUACAUACGGUCCACCCUGCCUUUAGUGGGCACAAAGCGUGGUAGAUUUCCCUGCAUCCUGAUUACUCUCUUUGGUAAGUUCCCAAGUAUCGUGUAAGUGGUAAGUGGUGAUGCGCUGAUAACUACUACAGGGCCCCACAUUGAUUUUUCGGGCGCUGUUUGGAUAGAGCGUCCGACCAUACAGGUGCUUUCGGCAGCUUUACCCCUCCUUUAUCAUCACACCGACACCAAAAUGCGUACGU